AUGGUUCAAUUUUUGAGGUCAGGCCGCAAUCUUGGAGAGUUUGUCCGAUCCGCAGUCAAAAAAACCAAGCCCAAGCAGGCCCAAAGCCCCACGCAAGCUCAGGACCCUCAUCAACCGCGUGAACAAUCCGGGCAAAAGGCCCAGCCCGAGCAGAAGGCCCAGCCUGAGCAGAAGGCCCAGCCUGAGCAGAAGGCCUCGACCACCAAGCAGCAGACUGGGGUUGCCGCCCCAGAUGCACCCCGGGCAUCCUCCUCUUAUGGCCCGGCCCGGAUACCCCGCUCUCGUACCGAUAGAGUGAUCAAUGGCGGGCUUUGCAAAGCUCGCCGAACCAAGCUCAAGUUCCAUCCGAGGUCCAUCCCGCUCUCGGCGGCACUCGAGGAAGAAAAAGACAAGAUUACGAUGGUCGGUGCCAAGACGGACAACCAAACUCUAAGGAAAGAGAGGAUCGAGGCCGAUGAUGAAGACGAGGAUGAUCUAGAGGUAGAAGAAAUCGAGGGUGGGUCGAGGCAAGAUGGUGAAGAUGAGGAUGAUCUAGAGGUAGAAGAAAUCGAGGCCAGUUUCAGGUGCGGUGAUAUUCACGCGAUCGGUGACAAGGCUAAGCAGCUCAUGGAUAUUAGGAUGAUGGACAAGGAAAAAGUGACGAUGACUAUUCGGAUUGUAAUGAAUCGACUACGGAUGGAAAACAAGAUACUAAAAGAUUGA